AUGCGUGGCACCGAUUCAAAAGAUCCUUAUUUUCGAACUUUACCUCAAGUUUACAUGAUACCCCAUCAAGGUUCAACUUCAUCAACGUCCGAGGGUAUUGAAAAGGUAUUUAAAUCCGGCCAGAAUUUUAAGGAGACUAGUUCUGAAGAGAAUCCUGUGACCUCGGUUGUCCUUUUAGACGAAGUCGGGUUGGCAGAAACUAGCCCGCACAAUCCAUUGAAGGUACUGCACGCUUUAUUAGAACCCCCCUUUGGUUCCGACGAUGACGUACCAACA